AUGGAACAAACGUUUCGAGUCGAUAUAGGUGAUAUGCUUCCAAAAGAUAAGAAGCCAAAAUCAAAUAGAAAAACAGUUUUAUCCAUUAAACGGCGUGCAUUAUUACUUGUACCAGCUUAUUGCACUACAACAUACAAGAUUCAAGGUCAAACCUUAAAUAAAGUUGUAAUGGAUUUAAAAAUGCCAAAUGAAACUGAUGAUACUGCUGCAGUCUAUGUACCGUUGUCGCAGGUAAAACGUUUGACUGAUUAUGUUAUUUUGCAAUAUUUCGAUUACAAAGUGUUGUUAAUUAAACCCAGCAAGUCACAACUGGUAGAAAUUGAACGACUCGAUAAACUAUAUUUAGAGACCCAAGCACGUUUUUCAGAAUGGUUGUAA